CAGCUUUUUCUCUUUUCCAUCCCAUUGUACCAUAGUUACUAUUUUUAAAGGUCGGUGUCUUGCCGCCUUGUUCUGUAUAUUUAUAUAUAUCAUAAUUGUUAUACAAAUGUAGUCGUUUUUUAGCAGCAUACCUACCUAGGUACACUUUCUAUUUCCAUCAGACGCGUCGUUUCAACUCAAUUAACUCCAACGAUCCAACCUUUGGUAGUUCAAACCCGCAAACCCGCAAAUCUACCCACGCUUACAGUUCGAAUCUACCCGCCUGCCAGCCGACUGAAACUCACUAAACGCCCGUCAAAAGUAUAAUGAUGGCCGACGACGGAGAUGGUGUUAUCAGGUCUGCGGCAGCCAACUGGUUUUCUUCCGAUGUCCAGGGUGCCGAGGGGCCUGGAGGUUGGCGCCUUGAUGUUGUAACCCUACUUGCCGUCAUCGGCGAGUCGUCCAUAGCAGAACAUUGCCAGACUAUUACUGCUAGUAUCUUCUGCCUCCUCCCGCGCAUUAUCCCUGCCCCGCAGGCUUUCCUAAAGCCUUCUCGGCCUGGUCGCUUGCCCGAGGCCACGGCAAAAAUGACCGGCGUCUACAGCGGUGUUGUUCUCGAUACGGUGGGAUUCUUUGCUAAUAUCAUUCAUCCCCUUGACGAGCUGCAACCGUUUGCUUUCCGAGUCCUACAAAUCACCCAUACCGACCGCAAUAACGUCGGUGGCAUUGAGGUCCCUAUCCCACUCAAUAACAGAACGAGCUUCCUUCAAAGCAUACGUUCAAAUGGAAGGACUACCAAUCCAUCACACGAACUCCGUACUCUACCGCGUAGUCCUCCUCCUGAAGACCGCAAUACACGUAUACCAAACGAGCCGAUAGGCACAGGAUACAGCAAUGAUGUUGAGGCCGGCCCAACACCAGGCGUACACAGGCGGGCAACAAUGAGAGAAAACAUUCAGGACUUUGUAGCCAAUCCAACGCUUGCCAACAAUAAAAAACGACCGGCAAUCCCUGCCACCCUAUAUUCCCCUGUGCAUGUCCUCUCGUUCUUUUCUCUUUUAUUGACAUGCGGUAUCAUUGCCCUCGCAGCAGUACUCGAGGAUGGGACAGCAAUUCUUGCCGUCGCCCUCAUUUCCUUUGCAAGCUCCAUUGUUGGCUGGGCUUCGUGGUGGAGGCCCAUCCUAAUGAAUCGCAGUCACACCAAUACUGUCCCUGCUGGAGACGUGAUAAUCCGUACGCGUGAGGGUGCAUUCCUCCUUAUCAAGUGCACCGAAGAAGUUGCGCGCGAGCUUUAUUCGGGCACUGAAGAGUGCGAAUACCACGUUAGCGGACGCGCAUAUAGAGUGCUUAUGGGGCUUGGAACCUGCUUGUUGAUGGUGGCUGUCAUCCUCUUGGGCAACUGCAAGUGGUAUUCUCAGGUUUUCAUCGGUGUUAGUUAUAUCGUAUUGAAUGGACUAUACUGGACUAUGGGGUUGAUCCCAAAGCGCUUCUUCUGGGACUUAAGCCGCUAUGACAUUAGAGAUAUAACUCCUACAAUCUCACGAAAUGCCCAUACGCAAACAUCUAAUGACCCGCGGGAAGGGGUUAAAAGCUACACGCGUACUCUAUGGUAUGCGAUCCGCGAAACCAAGCGUACAGCUUGGGUUAAUAGGAGUGGCGCGGCCCCUGACACACCACAAUGGCGCAAGUGGCUCGCGGAGGCUGAAGAUGCAGCAAUCUCGAAUAACACGGACUGGCCUUCUGUUGCUCGGAAGGACGUGAUUAUGAGGAUGACAGAGAGCCAACUUAAUGAUAGAGAGACUUCGGCGUCCGAACCGACUCGAAUAUUUGACCAGGCAGAGCAAGCUGCACCGGCCACUCAGAUACAACCUCGAGAUCGACGCCCUGCCGACGGCACUCUAUAGACAAUUUUACCCCAGGCUUGGGCCUCCGCCCUUAUCUUAUAUGGAAAAUAAUGUGUUGGAUACCCCCUUAUAUGAGCGAGCGAAUUUGAGAUAUCGAGAUUAUUGUGAUUUCAUCUGAUUUAUGAGGCUCUGGGAGAUUGCUAUUGAGCCAAGGUAUGAAGAUUAAUAACGACUAAUGAUUUUUUUCUUUUUUUAAUUUUUAAUUUACCCCUGCUGCAUAGGUACGCAUAUUAUAUUUGUAUAUUACUAGAUUUUGCAUCGGUUAGAGGAGCAUGUUGAUACUGGCUCUUGCAUUGGGCAUAAAGAACCAAAAGGACAAAGCUCGAACUUUAUUGGAUAUAUUUCCCUCUAGGUAGGAAGAGGGGACAUUGUUAUUUCAGCGAGGAGUUUUGGUGUCUAAUAAUAGGCGAUUGCUAGCUUGCUCGUCAUUACUAAGUAAGGCCAUAAUUGAUAUUUGGAUACUGUAUUUUUAAGGCCCCUUGAUACGUUAAUUCGCUGCGAAUGGAGAAGUAUUAUGGGAUGAUGGGUGGGCUGAAAGGUAAAUCCCAUGCUAUGAUGAUAGUAUUCACUAUGUUAACUAGAGCUAUGACAACUUGUUAGAUAUGCUGUUCAAGUUGGAUUCUUAUUAACCCCUUUUCUAGUAUAGAGCUGGUCGAGACAAUUUAGUCACUAUAUAGUUGAG